ACCAAACCUUUCUCUCUCUAAAAAUGGCCAGAACCAAGCAAACAGCCCGAAAAUCGACCGGCGGCAAAGCACCCAGAAAGCAACUGGCCACCAAGGCCGCCCGUAAGUCGGCACCAGCCACCGGCGGAGUUAAAAAGCCCCACCGCUUCCGUCCAGGAACGGUGGCUCUCCGUGAAAUCAGAAAGUACCAGAAGAGCACCGAGCUCUUGAUUCGAAAACUUCCCUUCCAGAGGCUUGUGCGUGAAAUUGCACAAGAUUUCAAGACGGAUCUGAGGUUUCAGAGCUCUGCCGUGGCGGCUUUGCAAGAGGCGGCUGAAGCAUAUUUAGUUGGUCUGUUUGAGGAUACGAAUCUAUGUGCGAUUCAUGCGAAGAGGGUUACGAUUAUGCCGAAAGAUAUUCAGCUGGCUAGGAGGAUUAGGGGUGAGAGGGCUUGAGAUUUGGUUUUGUGUUCUCGUAGUGUUUCUGGGUUUUCCCUCUGUAGAAAGUUUUAUGGUCUCUUUUCAGUACUUUUCCCAUAGAUUUCAGGUCAUAUUGUUGGGUUGGAGUGAUCUAUUCAUGCAAGAAAAAUGUAGGAAUGAAAUGAAAGCUUCUCAGCUUCUGUGUUGAACCAAAAAUGGCCGCAGAAAAUAAUGUUUU